CCACUGGUUUACACUUUAGUCAAUCGAAAGCUUUCGAAAUGCGCAGCUUGUUUCUAGUGCUGAUUGCCUUGCUCGGCUGCUCCUUGAGCUCGGGCCGCGUUCUCUUUGACGAUGAGCUGCGUGAGUUGACGGAGUUUUUGCGCUUGCAAAUGCAGUGUGGGUAUCCGGCCAAGGGCAUACCCGUCCUGGCGCCCGCUCAGCUGUCCUACAAGGAGGUGGACAUUCAAGCGGAUGCAUUUAGUGGGCGUGGCAACUUUACGAACAUCUCCAUUGUGGGUCUCGAUAGCUUCGAGUUCUCUCAGCUGCAGUGGAAUAAUAUAUUUCAUACCAUCAAAUUCGAUGUAAGCUUUCCCAGCAUUCGCUUGACGGCCGAGAACUACAAGUUCGAUCUGAGGCGCUUCCUUGGCGCGACUGCCUCGAAUAAGUGCGACGGUGUCUUCGAUGUGGAAUUAAUUGAUGUACGGGCCAAUGGCAGCUUCGUGCUGCGUCCCUCGAGUCUAACGAAUGGCAUUCAUGUCACUCGCUGGAAUGUCGACUGGCAGCUGGGAAAUGCCAUCUCUCAGAUCACCGGCACUGGCAGCAAAUAUCUGGAAAAGAUUAUCAAUUACAUCCUUCAGGACUUUCUGCAGUUGCUCAUCAAUGACAAUCCUGAAGAGAUCUCACAGUUUAUGGAGCAACUGCUUGUCGCGCCACUGAAUACGGUGUUUGGUAAUGUGGCCUGGUAUGAAAUAACUGCGAUCAUCUUGGGUCUGGUCAAUGGUGUAUUGCCCGUCGAGCCCAUUUGUUGAAGAGCCUAUUCAAGCUAAUUUCACAAUGACUAAAAUAA